UUUUUAUUUUAUGACAAUACCUAGUUCAGCCAUAAGUUCUGUUACAGAUGAAAAUGCAUUUUUGAAAUGAAGUAAUGUAAUAUUAUUAAAGUUUAUACCUACAUAUUUAUUAAAGUAACAGAAAAAAUAAAAAAAAACUAUUCGAAAUUCGACCUUUGGCUUUUAUACAGGCCUUUAAUCUUUUUGGCCACGAAUCUAUGAUAUGGAUUUACGCACUGUUUCCAAGAAAAAAAAGAAAAGUAUUUAUGUCACAGUAUUUAUGGCCAGACUGGUUAGUUAUAUUUUUUCAUAGGAGUUUCACAUUCUCAUAGAGUACCAACGGUUGAUUUAUUUAAAUAUAUACAUAGAAUACACAGAUUAUAAAUAACAUUUUAUGUAUGAUUUCGAGUUAUCGUAUUGUCAAUUUUGACUUCCGGUGUGAGCUAGUAAUAAUCUUCCAUGCCAUUAGAAAUGAUAAUCGCUGACACGUCAUUUCUAAAUUAGUUUGAAAAGUCGUAUUUCCGAGAGGUUGAAAAAUCAAACUUAAAACAGACAAUUCUGCUAUUUAUCCAAAAGUGUGAGUUUGUGAUCGCCUUUUGCGGUUUGCCAUUUCUACAAAAUCACACAAAACAAAUCUAUCUCUGCUAUAUUCGGAUCCAACGAUCGUUUCAUAACAUAUAUCUAUACUAUUUGCCUAAUCAUAUUUAAAUUAGCAUUCUGUACGUUGACUUUAAACGAGAUGUCCUUCGAAAUAUUUGUUAUUCCUGUUACAGCUUGAGAACGAUAUGUUUAUAUUUAACAAGCGGCCCGCUCUGGCUCCGCUCGGGUCUUUAACAAAAAUUUCAACGAUAUUUGACAUUGUUUUUUUUUCUUUAAAUAAAAGAACACUUAUUGCGGCAUAACUAUAAUAGUUAAACGUAUGCUGUCGCGCCAUUUUUUGUAAAUUAAUUUGUUCUACAAAGUCGUACUACAUUAUUUUAUUCUAUCAUCAAUAGUUUUCACAGGGCACGCGAUGUAAAUAAUAUUUUAGGUUAGUUUUUACACCUUGGGUUACAUUAUUGAAGUUUUAGUAAGGAUCCCUAAUUUUUUUCAAAAAAGAUUAUAGCCUAUGUCGCUCGGGAAUAGUGUAGCUUCCAAACAGUGAAAGAAUAUUUCAAAUCGUUUCAGUAGUUUCGGAGCCUAUUCAAUACAAACAAACAAAUAAAUCUUUCAAAGCCAAUCAGUAUUGUCUUCUCCGUUGGUUGACAACUGAUUUUUUUGGUAGCUCUAACUAGUUUUAGUGUUAUUACAUAUAUACUUUUUAAUAACUCGUUUUAUUUAAUGUCAGCAACCUGCACCAGACAAAAGGUGAGGCGUUCUCCACGAGUCAUCGAGUCAUCAAACACCGGGUAAGCUGCCUCGACGGUGCGUAGACCCCAUGUGGGGUUAGCCAACCGCCUUGACCACGACUCGGGCACGGACCGUCGAGAAUGGGCCUUCCGCGCCCGCAGCUCACUUUAGGGGAGAUGCGCCAUGCUCAAAGCACGAAGCUCGUUGCGACACCGUUAACCGGCAGCGAGCGACUACGCCUACAGCUCCCAUAGCGGCGUCCCAGCCAACAUACAUGCCGCCUCGAAGGAGACGCUGGGAUAUCCACGAAUGACUCUGAUAGCAAGGGUGCGCUGCGGUCGGUGCAGGAAUUGAGCCAUUGCGGCCCGGUUGCGCGGCUUAGCUCAUACAGGCGCACCGUGCAGGGCCAUCGAUCGCACCACCCACGCGUAGAGGCGGCGCACAACCUGAUUCGGCUCCCCAAUAUUCAGGAGCAGCCGGCUCAAAGAACCGGCCGUCCUCAUCAAUCGGGGGACUAGCUCCGCAAAGUGAGCACGAAAAACCCACCGGCUGUCGAACACAAGGCCGUGGUACCUCAACUGCACCCUGACCUCUAUCCGAACGCGUCCAACCACGAUAUAGACGUUGACAGGUGGCGCUCUCCGGAGUCCGUGAAACCAUAAGGUCUCGAAUUUACUGAGCACCAUGUCGAGGCCUAGUCUCUUUAUCCUCCCGACGACGAGGCCCACUCCCGCUAUGUCGAGACGAACAGGCUCUCUAUAAUCAUCCUCCCGGGCCACGACCAACAUGUCGUCCGCGUAGCAAAUAUCGCGGAGGCCCGGGAGAAGAGCGCCCCUCAGCACCCAGUCGUACCCGAUAUUCCACAAGAGGGGGCCGAGAACCAACUCCUGCGGAACACCACACACAAGCAGAAAACGGUGAAGGAUUCCACCGUACCCGGUACAUUCGACCGACCUGGCCUCUAAAUAGGAGCUAGCCAGCUGGCGGAGGUAGAGAGGCACUCCAUGCCUCUUCAGUGCCUAUCACGGACCAGGGUAGGGUGUUAAAUGCAUUGGCGAUGUCAAGAGACACCAGCAGGGCCACCCCUCCCCAUGAGACAGCCUCGUUGAGGAAGCCCGCAUGCGAAGUAUCGCAUCCACGGUCAAACGACCCUCUCGGAAGCUGACCCGCUCCGCCGACGGGUUUGUUUUGUUGCCAGCUUAGUUUUUAAUAUACUUACUGUAAAAAUAGUAGGUUAAUAAUGAGGUAUUUAGUAUGUUUGAGUGUAACGGUCUAUGUUUUUUCUACGAGUCACUUCUGAAAGAAAAUACGCCUUUUUUUGCUUAAAUGGGUAGACGAGCUCACAGUCCAUCUGAUGUUAAGUGGUUACUGCAGCCACAACGGCUACCCCGCUCUUCAAACCGAAACGCAUUACUGCUUCACGGCAGAAAUAGGCGGGGUGGUGGUACCUACCCGUGCGGACCAAUAAGAGGUCCUACCACCAGUAAUAAACAAAUACCUACUAUACAAAUCAUCAAAACAAACUUAUCGGUCGUCAAAUCUACAUUUCUCUUAAGGAUUAAAUUUUUAAUGCUAUCAGUGACUAUAACAAUAAGGAAGCUUUACUGCCUUUAUCGUUAACAGUCAAUAAAUUAUAAGAAAUUUAUAGCGGAAUUAACUAUGUAUGUCUAGCAGUUUUCGUCUAAUCUUUAUGGAUUUACAAAUAUCAUCGGAAUCUUAUUUCAAGCGUUAGAACGUUUCGCGAUUUCGUAUAGAACGGAGGCAAACAUGAAAUUUUUUAUAUUGGCUUUAUUCGUGGCGGCGGCUACCACUGCCCCCCUCGAUGGCAACACGGGUGCAUUUGAAGUUAUCGUGAACGGUGUUCCCGAAGGCGAAGCUUUGGAGAUUGGUCACAUUGUUGGCAUCAAACUUAAGGAGCACGUGGACAAUCAAUUGGUAGCCAACAGCGACCCCCUUCACCCAUUCACCGCCGCCAGUCUCGCCGAAGCUGCAGCUGCCGCCGCCGAAGAAGCUGGUCUUGAACCUAUUAAUCCCGGAGAGCCUGAGCCUAUCGUUAUCCCUGAGCCUGUGUUACCUGUGAGACCCCCGCACCCAGACCCCAUCGUUCUUCCUGAACCUGUUUUCCCGGUGGAACCAUCUGAACCUGUCGUCCCCGUAGAACCAUCUGAACCUGUUAUCCCCGUGGAACCUGAGCCCAUCGAUAAUCCUUCGGUAGAUCCGGUUGUACCGGAACCAGUGUUGCCAGUUGAGGAGCUGCCCCUUCCUGCGCCUCAAGUUCCCAAUGGCGAGAUUUUCAACGAUGGAGUAGUACAGGUUACUCUCAAUGCUCCCGAAGACGCUGGUGUUUUCGCCACCGUUCAGACCUGGUUCAAUCUGUUCGUCAACUAUUUCAGUGGCGGAGUUCAAACCUCGCAGCAAAUCGUAUAAGCUAAGGAUUAACUGAUAUGAUGAUACCUUUCUAAGUAUAUUAAACAUUUUUCUAAUUCA